AUGGCUGAUCUAAUCAAAUCGCCUUCACGCGAUAAAAAGUCGCUUCGUGAUGGCGUCGAACAUGACGGACCCGCCGAGACGGGCGAUAUGGAAUUGCUUGCCACGUUGGGGUAUAAGCAGGAACUACGACGCCACUAUUCAACGAUCCAGAUCUUUGCCGUCGCAUUCAGCAUCAUGGGACUGUUACCGUCUAUCGCGUCAACAUUAUCCUUUUCUAUGCCGGCUGGGCCAGUGGGAAUGGUUUGGGGAUGGUUGGUUGCGAGUUUCUUUAUUUUCAUUGUUAGUUUGGCUAUGGCUGAUAUGGCUUCUGCCAUGCCCACUGCCGGCGGUCUCUAUUUCUGGACACACUACUACGCAGCAGAGAAGUGGAAGAACCCACUCAGCUUUCUAGUUGGCUAUAGUAAUACCAUUGGGUUGAUUGGUGGUAUUUGCUCUAUUGACUGUACGUCCAAGGUCGAUCUCAUUCAAGCUUCUACGAUUCCUAUAAUCCAACCUCAUUUCCUUCCCCAUUUGAGAAGGACAUAUCGGACAAUCAAAGCGCAACAUCGUCGAGCUAACACCAUUUUCCUCUUUCCUCUAGACGGCUUCGCCAACAUGCUCCUCUCAAUGAUAUCCAUAACCCGAGACGGAAGCUGGUCCGCAACCCGUCCCAUAAUCUACGGCACAUACGCCGCAACCGUCUUCUCGCACGGCUUCAUAGCAAUAUUCUUCGGCAGGAUAAUGCCAAAGAUCCAGUCAGCCUGCAUAUUCUUAAACGUCGCCCUAGUAGUCGCAACCGUCAUUGCUCUCCCGAUCGGGAAAUCCGAAAACGCACCCCCCAUCAAUUCAGGCUCGUAUGUCUUCGGCCAGGUCGAGAACUUGACCACCUGGCCAACGGGCUGGGCGUUUAUCAUGGCGUGGUUGUCGCCUAUCUGGACCAUUGGCGCGUUUGAUUCGUGCGUUCAUAUGAGUGAAGAGGCGACACAUGCUGCGCGAGCUGUACCUCUGGGGAUCAUUUCUUCGGCGGGGCUUUGUGGGGUGCUCGGGUGGUUGAGUUUGGCUGUUAUUGCGGCUUGUAUGAGCACGGAUAUUGAGGGGAUUUUGAAUUCGAAGUUUGGGCAGCCAAUGGCUCAGAUCUACUUCGAUGCUCUGGGCAAGAAAGGCGCCCUCGGGUUCAUGGCUGUUAAUGCCAUAGUUCAAUACUUUAUGGGUCUUAGCAUUGUCCUCGCUGCCUCCCGUCAAAGCUGGGCCUUCGCCCGUGACGGUGCACUCCCUCUAUCAACAUAUUUCCGCAAAGUCAGCCAGCAUAGGCUCAUGCGCUAUCAACCCGUGCGAAUGGUUUGCGGUGUAGUGACAGCCGCCGCAAUAAUCGGACUUCUCUCGCUCAUUGACAGCGCUGCCGCGAAUGCUUUAUUUUCUCUCGCCGUCGCGGGAAAUGACCUCGCUUGGCUGACACCUAUCCUGGCACGAUUGAUCUGGGGCCAGGAUCGCUUUGUUCCGGGUGAAUUUUACACUGGUAAAUACCUCAGCAAGCCGAUUGCGUGGGUUGCGGUUGUUUAUAUGGCUUUUGCGAUUGUUUUGUGCAUGAUUCCGACUGAAGGGCCAAAUCCAUCCGCCGAAAUUAUGAAUUAUACUGUCGUUAUCAACGGUGCACUCUGGAUUGGUGCAAUCCUUUAUUAUGCUUUGCAUGCUCGAAAGACGUUCAAGGGGCCACAAACAACUGUCGCGCCAGAAGAUGAGGGAAAGCGAAUCGAAGAAGAGGGUGAUUCGGAACCUAAGACCUUAUAG